AUGGCGCUCCCUUGGCUGCACCGUGCCGAGCUCGUGCUCCUCGCCGCCGCCUUCCUGGCCGGGGCCGUGGUGGCCGCCGCAGUCUUCCGGACGCAGAGCUCCUUCAGUGGCCAGUGCCCCGUCUAUGGUGCCGCCCUCUGGAAUGGCUCUGUCCUGUCCUUGGCCAGCUCCUCAGCCCCAUCCCUCUGCUACUUUGUGGCGGGGGUCUCGGGACUCCUGGCCCUCUACUGCCUGUUGCUGUUCCUCUACUGGACGUACAGCAGCUGCCUAGAAGAUUCUCACAGAAGUCCCCUCGGCCUGCGCGUCUCCCUGGGCUUGUCGGCUGCAGCCGUCUUCCUGCUUCUGGUGGCGUCCUGCGUCCUACGAUUUGGCACCACGUCCCUCUGUGCCUCCAUCAUGCGCCUUAAGAUUGUGGACUGCUGCUCAGAUGCCCAGAAACUUCCCUGGCUGCCUCCCAGACUCGGCCUACACUUCUACUCCACCCUGUACAGCGCAGAAGCUUCCUCCUGGGUGAACCUGGUGUUGUGGUGCCUGCUUCUGGCCUUGCAGCUGCUGCAGUGGAAGUGGGAAGCCCCCCCGUACCGGCCCCUGGAGCGAGGAGACCCCGAGUGGAGCUCCGAAACAGAUGCCCUCUUUGGGGCCCGCCCGUCCCAUCCCUGAAGAGGCUGGAAUUCAGAGUCUCCUGACCAAAGACUGUAUGCCCAAGUGCCUGGCGGCCCCCACCGUGCAGCUGCAGGCUCCCCCAGUGCUCCCUCCAAGGGGGAUGAACGCCCGUAGCUGGCUCCCAUCCCCUUCCUGCUGCUGCUGUCUUGGUAGCCAGAUGUUGCGGCCUUUCACCUUAAAAGUGUCCUUCCCUGAUGAAUGAAAACACAGAAAGAUCUA